AGAGCGAGCCGGGGAGAGCGAGACGAGUGCGAAGGGGAGGACCGGUGCGAGGCAGGCGCCCGCGAGGCUCCGCUCGCCCACCGCCCAGCCCUUCCUCUCUCGCCUCCCGCUUCUCUCUCUGCCCGAACCUUUCCCCGAAAACCGCCUAUUUAGCCAAAGGGAGGAGGUAAGGGGAACCCUCUCCCUUCCCCUUCCAAAAAACCAAAACUUUUUCCAGUCCGGAGAAAGUGUGGGGGCGAGUGGCGGCGCGGCUGGCCAUGGAGCUCCUGUGCUGCGAGGUGGACCCGGUCCGCAGGGCCGUGCGGGACCGCAACCUGCUCUACGACGACCGCGUCCUGCAGAACCUGCUCACCAUCGAGGAGCGCUACCUGCCGCAGUGCUCCUACUUCAAGUGCGUGCAGAAGGACAUCCAGCCCUACAUGCGCAGGAUGGUGGCCACCUGGAUGCUGGAGGUCUGUGAGGAACAGAAGUGUGAAGAGGAGGUCUUCCCUUUGGCCAUGAAUUACCUGGACCGUUUCUUGGCUGGGGUCCCAACUCCCAAGUCCCACCUUCAGCUCCUGGGUGCUGUCUGCAUGUUCUUGGCCUCCAAGCUGAAAGAGACCAUCCCGCUGACCGCUGAGAAGUUGUGCAUUUACACCGACAACUCCAUCAAGCCUCAGGAGCUGCUGGAGUGGGAACUGGUGGUAUUGGGAAAGUUGAAGUGGAACCUGGCAGCUGUCACUCCUCAUGACUUCAUCGAGCACAUCCUUCGCAAGCUGCCCCCGCAGAGGGAGAAGUUGUCUUUGAUCCGCAAACAUGCGCAGACCUUCAUUGCUCUGUGUGCCACCGACUUUAAGUUCGCCAUGUACCCGCCAUCAAUGAUAGCAACUGGAAGCGUGGGCGCGGCCAUCUGCGGGCUCCAGCAUGAUGAGGAAGUGAGCUCACUCACCUGCGAUGCCCUGACCGAGCUGCUGGCCAAGAUCACCAACACCGAUGUGGAUUGCCUCAAAGCCUGCCAGGAGCAGAUCGAGGCGGUGCUGCUCAACAGCCUGCAACAGUACCGUCAGGACCAGCGCGAUGGGUCCAAGUCGGAGGAUGAACUGGACCAAGCCAGCAGCACCCCUACAGAUGUGCGGGAUAUUGACCUGUGAGGACACCGGUCGGGCCCAGCAAGAGAGGCGCGUUUGUCAUCUGUCCUCUCCUUCUCUCUGGUUAUGUUUUGUUCUUUGUGUUUUAGGGUGAAGCUUAAAAAAGAAAAAAAAAUCUGCCCCCACCUAGAUCAUAUUUAAUGAUCUUUAGAAGUGAGAGAAAAAGAUCCUAUAAAAACGGAAUAAUUAAAAGCAUUUGGUGCCUAUUGGAAGUGCAACAUAAGGGAAUCCCUUGUAUAUGCGAACAGUUAUUGUUGGAUUAUGUAAAAGUAAUAGUAAAAUGCUUACAGGAAAACCUGCAGAGUAGCUAGAGAAUAUGUAUGCCUGCAAUAUGGGAACAAAUUAGAGGAGACUUUUUUUUCAUGUUAUGAACUAGCACAUACACCCCUUUUAGUAUGAUUUCAAGGAACUGUAUAUGUCAUCCUUGGCAUGAUUAGAUUGCAAAGCAAUGAACUCAAGAAGGAAUUAGAAAUAAGGAGGGACACAAUGGGGAAGGUGUACCAAACAAUCUCUCGACAUGAUUGAACCAUUUUGGAUGGAGAAGCCCUUUGCUCCCAACCACCUGCUACUAAGGCAGGAGCAUUGUUGGAUCUCUACCUUAUGGACUUCCACUGUCUACAGUAGCUGCUACCUGAAAAGGAUGUUUUAUUUUGCCAGUCGGACACAGGUGAUUGGCUCCUAGGUUUCACAUUCUGUGACAUCCUGCUUCUUCUUCCAAAUGUGGUUCAUUGCAAACACCACCAUGUUGUUAUCUAAUGGGGGGAGACUUAGCUAGGGGCCAUAACCAAAACUCGCAUGAGAUGGAGGCAGAUGGGACCUGGGAUGGAAUCUUUUCUCUUACUUUUUUAAAGAGGGUAAUGUGACCUUGGCAUCCCUUAUUAGGAAAAACUAAUUUUUGGUGCUGAUUGGCAUGUCUGGUCCACAGUUUAGCAUUGUUAUAAACCAUUCCAUUCGAAAAGCACUUUGAAAAAUUGUUCCCGAGGGAUAGAUGGGAUGGUUUAUGCAAAUCAUGCUGAAUACUCCUCCCCUCUUCUCUUUUGCCCCUUUCCUUCCUGCCCCGGACUGCGUUACUCUUCAUUUCUGGUGUCCGGCAUUCCCUGGUACACAGUUCUGGUGUCCCUACCAGGACUCAAGUGACACCCCUUCCACUGGGACUCUCAUCACAACAUUCCUCAGAAAAGCCUAAAAACAAAGAGCUGUUAGUAUUUUGAUGUCACAGAAGGAUCUUAAUUCCCAUCUAUAUACUUCUCCUUGGACAUGGGAAGAAAAGUUAUUGCUGGUGCGAGGACAGCUGAACAGCAGGUGUGGCAUUUUGUUCCCUUUUUCGUCUUUUGUUAAUUUUAUUGCAACGUUGUAUUCAGCGUACUUGAAUUUUUUUCCCUCUCCAUUUCUUAGAGGCGUUCAGUUAGCAAACAGGUCCGAGCAACAAGUUUUUUUUUUUUUUUGCACAAUCGUAAUUGACAGGUGAUGAAGCUAUUUGUUAAAAUGUUCAACUUUUUUUUAAGUAAAAAAGAAAAAUCAGAACAGGGCUACUUUGAAGAAUUAUUUUAUACACAAAUUCUGCCUUGUUUCAUAGUAUGAGGGUUGAAGAUGGAGAAAAAUCUAAGGGUCUCUUAUUUUUCAUUUUAUUUUGUUCAGUUUUUUAUUAUUAUUAUUUUUUUUUUGCGCUGCUAAGAAGCUAAGAUCAUUCAUCCUUAUUCACAUUAACAGUACCUAGCUGUAAUGUUUCACAGAGUGUGCUGCUAUUUUAUAAACAUUUUUAUAAUAUAUUAUUUUACUGCUUAAAUUCCAAGUCCUGAAGUAGAUGGUUGAGAUACGAGUUCUUUGUACUGGAAAAGCCCUUCCAUAGUUUAUUUUCUUCUGGUAGCAUAUUCAUGGUUGGUUUCUUGUUUUUUCUUUUUGGUUUUUUUUUUUUUUUCCUCUGAUCACAUUCUUCAAAGACAGAGUAUUCUUUACCUCAGGUUUACUGGACAAAAUCAAUAACUACAAAAGGCAAUGAUUCACAGUUUUGUUUUCAUAAUACCUCACAUCAUUUUCUGCUUGGGAGCCCAUUUGGGUGAGGACUAGAGAAGGCAGGUGGGCACCUCUCAGGUGCAAGGUAGGGUGGAUUUGUCCCCAGGGUCUCAGACCCAGAGACCUUCUCAGUCAUGAAGGCCACCAGGCUUCCAUUUUGACUCCGGUAUCCUCAUCAUGAUGGAAAAAAUACAUUGAACCCAGAGAUCCUCCCUCCCCCACAAGGUAGACAUUGAACACAAACAUUUGUGCAGAGGUCUAGGAAGUCAUAAUUUGCACUUAGGUACCAGGUAUCGGGAAACAGACUAAAAAGAAUUCCAGCAGAUUGUUUGGAGAUCCUCAUCUUCCAGCUGUCUCAAAAGCAGGGCUUUCAUCUGCUUAGGGCCCUUUCAUCUGGAAAGUUUCCCCUGUAUCUUUCCCCUUCCCUGGUAUGGACACCCCCAGUUUAGGAUCAUCUCCCAAGUUUUCCUAGGUCUGAAUCUGGGGGUGAGGAGUCUGCAGCAUGCAGUGCCAGUGGUGCCUCCUCCUCCCCGCUUUGUCUCAGGCUGCGGCAGGCAAGCACUCUGCAACACGAGGUCAUCUGCUAAGCAGUACUAAACAGUUUUCAGGUUUUAAAUCACGUUGAAUUGGCAUGAUAAGGAAAAUAGGUCAGAUGAGUAUGGGAUGGUAGUCGAAGGAAGGUGAAGAGGCUGCUUCUCUAAAGAGGUGAAAUUCCUGGUGUCAGUCUCUCAUGAAGUAUGUGUAGUUCAGGACUUUGUGAGUUCGCAUGACCCUAAGGUUCUAGGGAAUUUCUGGUGGGGCAGUAGGUGGUGAAUUCUGAAGUUUUGGAGAGGAAAGUUGAGCAGCCAGUAAGUUAUCCAGUGUUUUAUCAAGAGCCCACUUUGCACAGCACCCUCUUGGCCCCAAGGAGCCCCACAGAAUGGGAGGGCAUGAUCCCUAGAGUUCUGGUAGUCUUGGAGCCUAAAGAGAACACGAGGUGCAAAUUCAUUUAACAGUGACCACACCUUGAGAUUAAACAGCAGCAGCAAAUGAAAGAACCUGAGAACCGAGGGGAGGAACAGGCCUACCACUCUACCUACAGUGUGCAACCCCACACUUUACCUGUAACCCUCUUUCCCAUUCUGGGGGCCUUGCGUGAUGGUAGCUGUGGGGCUGGGUAUGGGGAGGUGCUGGGGUUUCUGGCUUUUCUGUCUGCUCCCUGCUUACACGAAAGAAGGAAUCCUGGGUUUGUUAAGGUGACUGAUGUGCUCUCCUUGGAUCUUGGUCUCCUUGGUAGGAGUUUCUGUCCCAGAGGGAUUCUCUUCUCCCUGUGUAUUUGAACUUGCUUUUUUAUGUUUUUUCUCUUUCUCACUUCCCACUAAAGGGGUUCCAAAAUCUAUUCUGAUCUUUUUUUUUUUUACCUUGUUAUCUAUCUCUUUACUUUCUCAUCUUUGUUUUUUCUCCAUCAGUGGGGGCUACUUUGUUCCCCCAGCCUGCCAAAUUUUGAUCCUUCCCCUGUUUUGGCUAAAUCCUAGGGGGAGGAAAUCCUAGUAUGCCAAAAAUAUAUGCUAAGCAUAAUUAAAUUCCAUGCGGGUUCCUAGCAGCCAUGAAGCCUGCAGGAGGAAGCCAGGGGGCAGUUCCUGCCGCAGCGCAUCUCACGUGUGCUCAGAGGCGAGCUCCAUAGAGAAGGGGCUGCUCUCACAGGAGGCUUUAUUUGGAAGUGCUUCAGGACCCCACUGAAGAGCACACCGUGUCUCACAGCCACGUUACGUGUUCCAUACUGGAGGCUCUGUUCUGCCCCUUAUCAGCCAGGUCAGGGGCACACAUGGCCUCCAGCAGGGGCUAUAAUGGCAAGGCCAGAGGGGAACACCCUGACUGCAUCACACUGCAUCCCUCUGCUAGCAGAUGGGCGACUCCUCAGAGGGAGUUGUAGCUUUUCUGCGCUGUAGCACCAUUAGGGCCUCUCCAGACUCUGUGUGCCCUGGGAGCUCUAGGACAGACAGGUUAAGAAGAUGAGGCGGGAUCAGAUGACUUUCUCAAAGAGGGCAGGGGAAUUUUCUCUCCAUGCGCCACAGGGGACAGGGCUGGGUGAAGAAAUAGACUUGCACCUUAUGUCAUGUAAAUAUUGAUUUUCUAGUUCCAAAAGAUAAUAUUGGCAGUGUGGGAAUUGGAGGUAGGAAUGGGGAGGAAGUCUGAGCAAGCCAGUUGGCUUCUAAGCCAAAAGGAUUCCUCUUUGUUUAUCUUUGAGACAGUCCAACCUUGAGAAUAGCUUUAAAAGGGAAAUUAGUGCUGAGACAGUAAAGUCCCCUUAAGCCACAACUCCUCUGUAGCUAUAGAAUGAGUGCAAGCUUACAUUGGUGUGGACUCAGCGCAGUUUUCAAGAGCUGCUCAUGUAUGUCGUCCGUACAAAAUAGGGCAGGAAGAUUCAAGAGGAUGCUUUUUCCUCAUACCACAUGGCUUCUAAUGAUUCUGGAUUCUGAACAACCCACAGUAGUCAUUUCAGCUAGAACUAUUCUACAUUUGUGUAUCUCUGCUUUUAUACUUGGCUGGGCUAUCAGAUCCUUUUCUUGGCUCAGGUUCAAAAGCCAUCAGCAAAUGUACACACACACUCUGUAUGCAGCCUUCAUUCCUUUGCCUGCAGCCUACUUUGGGGAAAAAAAAAAGUGCCUUACUGACUGUAGCCAUUUACAGUAUCCAAUGUAUUUUGACAGGUGCCUGUCUUGGGAAAAAUUUUCUAUUUUAUUUUUAAUUGGUUUUAGUUUUUAACUGCUGGUCAACUCUUACAUCCCCACCGGGCCAUUGGAUUUUUUCCAUUAUGUUUGUUACCCUUGUACCAUGUACCUCAGAUCUCUCUCUCUCUCUUUCUCUUUCUCAGUUAUAGUUUCUUGUCUUGGCAUUUUUUUAUUCUUUUAUUUUAUUUUUUUGCUUUAAAAUGAGUGUGAUGCCAUAUCAAGUCAAUGUUAUUCUCUCACAAUGUACUCUAUAAGAGGUGUGGGUGUUUAUUUGGUCGGGAUGCUAGAAAGUGCUAAAGCAGCAUGAUCAGUGUAAACGAAAAGGCUUUUAGGAAGUAUGGAAAAAAAUGUUGUAUUGAUUAUGAUGGCGACAUGAUAUAGGUAUUAUCUGUUCAGUGUUAAGUGAUUUUAAAAAAUAAUAACCAGUUCUUCUGACUAGUUUAAAGAUGGAUUUGAAAAUGGUUUUGGAUGCAAUUAGUUUAUGUUAUUUCGACAAUAAACUCACCUUGACCUAAA